CCACGGUAAACCGGGAUCGUUCCCAGCGGAAUCGAGGCUAGAAGGCACAGACCUUGAACUCCAUCCCCACAUGCACGAGCCCUAAUCCUUGCCCCCUGGGAUUGGGGUGCCAAUGAGUGGCAGAAUUGGAGGGCGGAAUGGAGCUGAGGGUGGCUGGACCAUCGAGGGUGCUGGGUUGGGUGUGCGGAGCGCCUUGGAGUUUGUGCGUGCUUUUUGUGCGUCCACGGCAGCCACCCCUCGGUGCUCCAUCCGUCCCCCACCCUCCAACCCCCACCCCCGGGCCUCCCCAAGCUGCGGACACCAGUGUCGGAGGACCCAACCUCGAGGAUGCUGCGUCCAGGUUUCCAGGCUCGCGCUCCAUAGGAUCGAGGUAGACUCCACAAUAGUCUGACAGAGAUCUUCCCGCAGACACGCUAGAGGGAAGGCUGGGGGAGCACCCCGAGGCUCCAGGGACUUGCAACGAACUGUUCCAUGCACAGAGGUGGAAGUUGACCGAAGAGCAGAAUCUGCAGGACAUGGAGGAGGUGGUAAUCAUGAAGACAGAUUUGGCUGACGUUUCGAAGACACGAGCUUUGUCUUCCCAGGAUUCUCCCCUUUCCCAAGAGAAGAGUCCAGAAGAAGGAGAAGUAGCAGCUCUGCAACUCACAGCCAGAUCCCAGGAGAGUGUGACAUUCAAGGAUGUAGCCAUGGACUUUACACCAGAGGAAUGGAGGAAGCUGGAUCCUACCCAAAGGGAUGUGAUGCUUGAGAACUACAGGAACCUGGUCUCACUUUGGCUUCCUAUUUCAAAACCUGAGGACUACAGUUUGGACAAUGCAAAAGAACCAUUGAAGCUUGAAAAAAAAGUUUCCAAAUGCAGCUAUUCAGAUAAGGAGAGAAGACCAGAGAGCAAGAAUUCAACUUCAGUGCAAGGUAUAUCCAAAAAAGAAUCACAUCAUGGUACAUGUCAUGUAAAAGACAGACUGAAAAGGAACAGUGUCUAUGACUCUACCUUGGAAACAGCACUUGAAUGUGAAAAUUGGUUAGAGAAUCAGCAAGGAAAUCAGGAGAGACACUUGAGAGAAAUGUUCACACACCUGAAUGCCCUCCCUGGGGAAAGAGAUCAUGAGCAGGACGUAUAUUGGAAAAUUUUCAAUCAGAAAUCUCUCCUUAUAACUCAAGACCGAGUUCCCAAAGGAUCUUAUGCUUUCCAUACAGUUGGAAAACAACUGAAGCAGAAAUCAAACCUAACUAACAAGCAGAGAACAUAUAAAGAGAAAAAAACUCAUAAAUGUAAUGAUUGUGGUGAACUCUUCACUUACCAUUCAGUUCUUAUUCGACACCAGAGAGUACAUACUGGGGAGAAACCCUAUACCUGCGAUGAUUGUGGGAAAUCUUUUAGCCACAGAGCUAAUUUAACUAAACACCAGAGAACUCAUACUAGAAUUCUCUUUGAGUGUAGUGAAUGCAAGAAAACCUUCACAGAAAGCUCAUCCCUUGCAAUACAUCAGAGAAUUCACAUUGGAGAAAGACCUUAUGAAUGCAGUGAGUGUGGGAAAGGUUUCAACAGAAGCACACAUCUUGCACAGCAUCAGUUGAUUCAUACAGGAGUGAAGCCUUAUGAAUGUAAUGAGUGUGAUAAAGCUUUCAUCCAUUCAUCAGCACUCAUUAAACAUCAAAGAACUCAUACUGGAGAAAAACCCUACAAAUGUCAAGAAUGUGGGAAAGCCUUUAGCCACUGCUCAUCCCUUACUAAGCAUCAGCGAGUUCACACUGGAGAAAAGCCAUAUGAGUGUAGCGAAUGUGGAAAAACUUUUAGUCAGAGCACACACCUUGUUCAGCAUCAGAGAAUCCAUACUGGAGAAAAACCCUAUGAAUGUAAUGAAUGUGGGAAAACUUUUAGCCGGAGCUCAAACUUCGCUAAACAUCAGAGAAUUCAUAUUGGAAAGAAACCUUACAAAUGUAAUGAAUGUGGGAAAGCCUUCAUUCAUUCAUCGGCUCUUAUUCAACACCAGAGAACUCAUACUGGAGAGAAACCCUUUAGGUGUAAUGAAUGUGGGAAAAGCUUUAAAUGUAGUUCAUCCCGCAUCAGACAUCAAAGAAUUCAUACUGGAGAGCAACUCUGAAAAAUUAAUGAAUGUGAAUAAAUGUAAGUUGGCAUUAGCACUGUGUUAAAUACUUAACUGUUUGGUAGAUCCAUAAUAUGCCUUUGAAGACCAAUAUUAUUUCAUCUAAUUUCACUUGCCGAAAUUCUAUAGGCAUAUAAGUUCACUUGCCUAAUGCGUCAUUUAUUUUGAGCUAUAGGAAGUAUUCCUAUGCCCAUUGAUUUGAUAAUUAUGAAACUUUCUAGCCAGAGAUCUCAAAAAUUUUUUUUCUCCAACCUUCUAAAUAUCCACUUAUAGUUUAGGAAAUUUUAUGGAAGGAUAGCAGUAGACAUUGUGAAAUCUACCCUCUCCCCUUUUUUUGGUCCCACAAACUUUGUUGUGGCCUCUCACUUUGUAAGAAAAUUCUUAUUUUGUAAGUUAAGCUAAGUAUUCAUCUUUAUCAUGAGAAAAAUGCAAGGUUAUUACUCUGAAUCCAAAGUAUAGACCUAAUUGUACAGAUAGUAUCAUUUCCCUAGUGUCAUUUCUUUUACUAGUCAUAGAAGCUUUUAGGCUAAAAAAAGAGGAAGUGGACUUGAACUACCCAUCGCUCCCAAAAGCUGCUGUCUAAUAUGGCGAACAUAACUAAAGUAUUACAGAAGGUUCUAAACUGUGGUUACAGGGACUUUGUAAUUCCCUGAGAUUUACCCUAAAGUACAGAUUGACUCAAUGCCUUAACUGUAAUUAUUAAUCAAGACCCUCCCUUUUCUUCUCCUUGGCAUUGAUUGAAUCCAGAGUUUUUUACAUUAUUAGGAAAACCUUGUUUCUUUACAUUAUUCGGCUUUUUAUAAACUGUGCUUUGUCACUUAGAAAAAGAACUCUAGGGACAGAGAGUGCCUAAAAGUUAGAGUCCCAGUCAAGACAGGUACUGAAGGAACUGAGCACCUACUUCUCAUGAUUAGGCAAAGCUCAUAGGACAGAAUUCAAGUAACUCACCUGAGGAUAAGGAGCUUCCUUUUGUGAAGUUACCAUUUCUCUGGCCUUCCUGUUUACCUGUAUUUUGUUCUUGUUCACUGUGUGUUGGAUGGUCAUUAUUCCAGACUCAUUAAGAAAGCAUGAAAAUAUGAUGACUUAUUAGUGUAGAUUAUAUGAGUAGCCAAGGAUUAUGGGUGGGAUUCAAAACACAGAAGCAGAAAUUCAAAUAUAAAUUUUAAAAUUAUUUCAUACUAAUCAGUGUCAUAUGGAAAGUAAACUAUUUAAAAGUAUAGAAAAAAUCACAGAUUUCUUUCCUGUUUCCUGAAUCCUACCUUCCCUCUUAUACUCUUACGCUCUUUAUCUUAUCUCUGUUACUUAUAAUUCCCAG